AUGACUACAGACUCCACCGCCCCCAGCGUCGCCGGUAAAUGUGCGUCAUCAGGAGACGCCGAGCGUCACCGUUUCCUGGCGAUAGGCUCCGCCCCCUCGCGGUGCCCCCCCGACGCUCUUCCGAUCUCGGAGGACCCGGGGCUGCAGGCGUGUGCGGCCAGGAAGGUGAAGCUGGAGCUGAAGGAGCGGAAGGAGAAGAAGCAGAAAGUGGACGAGGACGAGAUCCAGAAGAUGCAGAUCCUGGUCUCCUCCUUCUCCGAGGAGCAGCUGAACCGGUACGAGAUGUAUCGCCGCUCUGCCUUCCCCAAGGCCGCCAUCAAACGGCUCAUCCAAUCCAUCACCGGCACCUCCGUGUCCCAGAACGUCGUCAUUGCCAUGUCGGGCAUCUCCAAGGUGUUUGUUGGAGAGGUGGUGGAGGAAGCUCUGGAUGUGUGUGAGAAGUGGGGGGAGCUGCCCCCCCUGCAGCCCAAGCACAUGAGGGAGGCUGUCCGGAGGCUCAAGGCACGUGGGCAGAUCCCCAACUCCAAGUACAAAAAGAUCAUCUUCCACUGAGAGAGGCUGAAAUGAGCUUCCUGUAGGACCUUCCCACAUGGACUUUUCCAUAUGGCCCCUUUGGGGUGGCCUAUGGGACCCCAGGGAUGUCCCUGCUGUCCCUGCCCACACUGGGCAGAGCCUGUAUGCACCCUUGACCUGGACUUGAGGUCUCAACACAGCAGGGAGAGGAAUAUCCAGGGGCUACAGAGCAUUUCCUGCUGGCCCAGAUGUGUGGCUUUUUUUUUUUGUA